UUUUAGGUUGGUGAGCUGAAAUCCAGCUGCCAAGCAUUGACUUCCCUAGAUCAUGGGAUGCUCGUUGCUUACUUGUAUUCUUGAUUUCCUUCAAAAAAAAUUCUUCUUUAAAUUAGUUCAUCAUUAAGCCUUUUCUGAAGUUUAGCUCAACUCUCAUUGUUAGCCCAAUCAUUCUCCAUUGCCCCUAAAGUGACAUAUGUAUGCAGGUUCGUGUUGUUGAAGGGCUAUGAAGUGUUUCCAGUUCUCAAAGAAUGACGAUGAGAACAAGACUACAAAGUCCACAUCAGGGCAGUCUUGUGCCUCUGUUUCAACAGAUGCUGAGCUGAAAGGAUCCACUACUUCUGUGUCAUCAGACAUUAGCAUGGAGUCCUUAUCGUUUUCAUGCUUGUCACAUAAAAAGCCCUGCAACCUUAGAGUCUUCACAGUUGAAGAGUUGAAGACCGCCACCAGGAAUUUUAGCCGAUCCCUCAUGAUUGGAGAAGGCGGUUUUGGAGGUGUAUACAGGGGCGUUUUAAGGGACAGGACUGAUAUCGCUGUUAAACAACUCAGCCAGAGAGGAUUACAGGGGCAUAAGGAAUGGGUGACUGAAGUGAACGUCCUGGGUGUCGUUGAGCAUCCAAAUCUUGUAAAACUCAUGGGCUAUUGUGCACAGGAUGACGAGAGAGGAAUACAGCGUCUGCUGGUAUAUGAGUUCUUGCCCAACAGAAGUGUGCAGGAUCAUUUAAUGAGUCGUUUUAUUUCACCUUUGCCAUGGGAAACAAGAUUAAAUAUCGCCCGUGAUGCUGCUCGAGGCUUGGCUUACCUUCACGAGGGAAUGGAGUUUCAGAUUAUCUUUAGAGAUUUCAAAUCAUCUAACAUUCUCUUGGAUGAGAAAUGGAAUGCAAAGCUUUCCGAUUUUGGCUUGGCCAGAUUAGGCCCUUCUGACGGACUAAGCCAUGUCUCAACAGCGGUGGUGGGAACUGUCGGAUAUGCUGCUCCGGAAUAUAUACAGACUGGGCGCCUAACAUCCAAGAGUGAUGUAUGGAGCUAUGGAGUGUUUCUAUAUGAACUCAUUACUGGCAGGCGUCCCUUGGACAGAAAUAAACCAAAAAACGAGCAGAAACUUCUGGAAUGGGUGAGACCGCAUCUUUUAGACCUGAAGAAGUUUGAACUAAUUUUGGAUCCUCGACUGGAUGGGUACUAUUCCCUUAAAUCUGCUCAGAAGUUAGCUGCCAUAGCUAAUAGGUGUCUAGCUAAACACCCGAGAAAUCGUCCCAAAAUGAGUGAGGUCUUGGAGAUGGUGAAUCGGGUCGUGGAGGCAACUGAAGCAAAAAGUCCAGGGAUCCCUAUAGAAGAAAGUUCAGCCCAUAACAUCGAGGAUGAGAAGUUCAGAGUAAGGUGUCUAAAUGCAAGCAGAAGGUUGGUGGAACACAUUCCUAGAGAAAACAAGUUACUGGUAUGGAAAUUGUGGAAGCCUAAGCUUGUCAGUUCCAAUUAAGCGGCUGAAUGAAACUAAAGGAAGAUGAGUGGAUCUGCCUUCCUCGUCAAUGAAGCACUGCUACUUCUGGUUUUCUUGUGCAAAUGACUCAAAUUGUAAAAAUGUCUUUAUUUUGAACGUUUGACUAAAGCGGCCAAAGCUUCCAACUAGAGGGAAGAUUGGUUUUAUGGCUCAUUACAAAUGUUCUUUUAGGAAAUCGGUAAACAAAACACGAGAUAUUUGUAGAAGUAAUUUUUCUAUUCAAAUUAUAACUGGUCAUAAGGA